AUGAUGGAGGACAGCGCUCCCCUGACUGUUGUGGAGACACUGCGCUCACUGGCGCAGCAACAUGGCUUGGACGUUAAGGGCGGCAAGAUCCGCCGCACAUCGUCGCGGUUCUGUUUCGGUGUCGAACAUGGCGACUACAAUGGAACAGAGCUCUUUGGCGUCGGGACAGGUGAGUGA